AUGGCACCAGGCAGAAGGGAUGCGUGCCGUGGGCGGGGGGCAGUGGGAACGUGUGCCACAGCCCAGGUUGCCCUCUGCAAGGCCACGGCCGGACACCGGCAGCUGGUGCUGCAGCUUGGGGGGAGCAGUGACAGCCCUCAGCUGCGUGAGGAGCGACGCAGGAGGAGCGCAGAGGCCUGUGAGCUCAGCAUGGGGCUGCGACGGGUGCUGCUAGAGGGGCUGCGACAGGCCCCAGUGAGCCCCCGGGAGCAGCAGGAGCUGGAGCGGCUGUGGGUGCUCUUCCUUUCCGUCCUGGAGCUCUUCCUGCAAGACCUGUACAGAGCCCAGCACCUCUGCCAGCUCUUCUCUGUGAAAGGGGGUGGUAUUGCCCCACUGCACACUGGGCUGGGGGGCUGGGGGCUGCCCAGCCGGCGAGGAGGGGGUCCCACCCAGCCCCCACCCACCCAGUGCUUAGAGGAGGAGAUCGAGCAGGUGAGGGCCACGCUGGCAGAGAUGGAGAGCGGAGCCAACAUUCCACCAUGGACAGUGGAAGCCACAGAGACCACACAGCCAGCAGAGACAAGCGGCACCACAGAGAGAGCAGCCUGGGGAGGCCCCUGUGCUGGGCACUGCUGUGGGGUGCUGUGA